AUGGUGAUCUGCAACCGAAGGCCGAGUGUCAUUUGUUGCUUGGAGAUGCAGAUUCUGCCAUCAGAGACACAACAAGAGCUCUCUGCUUGUCAGGUCAAGCCCGAACAAUCACUGCAGAGCUUGUGGAGAAGAUCUGAUGAUAUGAAAGGGCUGAGCAGAGAGAGCGAUGGUUGCUUGAUGUUUGUCAACGGGUGCAUGAGGUCGGAGAAGAAGAGGGCAAACACGCAAAGAUACCGCACUAUGCAGCGCGGGAAGAGGUUUCUGAGCAAAGGUGACGAUUAUGACAAGGCCAAAGAGUUGCAAAGGAAAGUUAAGGAUUGGGAAGAAGCUGCCUACAGAACGGUGACAGCUGGGGGAUUAGGAGAUGAAGGCGGUGGUUUUGGUAGUGGCGGGGGCAUAGGCAAGGGAGGUGGAGGUUAUGGGUCAGGUGGGUGGUAUGGGCGGCGGCUACAGUGGUGGAAAUGGAGCAGGGGUUGGGGAGGUGGCAUUGGGGGUGGCAGUGGCUUCGGAGGUGGCGGAGGAUCCAGCUACAACAAUGGCGGUCAAUGUGACGGACAUGGUUCUGGGGUGGAAGUGGAGGCGAGUAUGGAGGAGGAUCAAAUGGCUGUGGCUUGGGAUGUGGAAAUGGCGGAGGCAUCGGUGGAAUUGGUGGAGGAGGAGGAGGUUCAGGCACAGGUUACGGGCAUGAUGGAGGAUCUGGGUAUGGCUCGGGUGAAGGCCAUGGAGAAGGCUCAUACGGAGGCCCAGGCAAAAUCUAUUGAAUCCAACUAG